AAUGAAAUUUAAAAACCUAUUAGGUAUUGCUAUAUUUUUCACUGUUUGCCUUCUUUUUCUACAAUUCCUAAGGUUAAAAUCACAUACAAAGCUCUAUCUAUCAUCUGGUGAAAUUAAUGAACUUGUUAAAGAUGAGCCAAUUCGGUUUACACCAUAUAAUGUCAGAAGAAAUAGAGUAAUUAAUUAUACCAAAAUAGAUAUAAAAACAAAAUAUUUAGAGAGUAAGAACUUGAAGGAAUUCAAGCCAUUUGAAACGAAUGUUGACGAAAUUCAUUUUAAAAGUAAACUCCCUCCCAUUCCUGAUGGUCUCAAAACCUCUAUGUUGAAGGAGGAUGACACAAUAUACUUUCGAAAUAUUAACAAUACAGACUGUUAUCUAAGAGGUCUCAAUUUAGAAGAGAGUCUUAAACUUCAAACUUGCGUUUGCAUUGAUAAUUAUUACGGAAAACAUUGCAGUAUUCCAGAAGCGAUAUGGUUUAGUGAUCUACCAAAAAAGUACAUAUCCAAAAUAACUACAAGAAAAUCUAAACCUAGACGGAUUAUUGUUGCUUUUCCAUUCAAUAUGGAGCUUGAACUAUUGAAUGCUCGAAUUUCGUUAACUUAUGACUUUGUAGAUGCCUUCGUUAUUCUCGAGUCAAAUUAUACAGGAUUCGGUGAUCGUAAGCCACUAUUCUUGUAUGAUGCUUUACGUCAAGGAUACUAUCAGGAAUUUGAAAAGAAGUUGGUUUAUGUUCAUUUAAAUUUUUAUCCAAAAGAGGCAAGCGGCAAAGCUGGAGGCGAUGGUUGGAUUGCCGACGCUCUGUUCCGCAACUAUAUGGGACAGCAUGGCAUGACAAAACAACUGAAAGGAUAUCGUCACGACGAUAUUCUAUUGAUGCAUGAUGCUGAUGAACUUAUCAUGCCUGAAGUUACCCAAUUCUUAAAAUUACACGAUAAUUAUCCAGAACCAUUUGGAGUGAACCUUAAGUGGAAUAUCUAUGGAUUUUUUUGGCAGGGAAACAAACCUAUUUGGCAUAUUAUGUGUGGUUGUACAAUGGGAUUUUUAGCGCAUGUUCUUAAUUAUAAAGCCUACGAAGUUCGAACAGCAGAUAGAGCUAUGGUAAGGCAUUCCUCAAAGUUAAAUUCGUAUUUGAAAACUGGUGUUAACAUUCGAACUUGGGAUAUCGGAAGUGAACAGUAUCCAGCAGGAUGGCACUGUUCGUGGUGUGGGUCUCCUGAAACAGUAAGACAUAAACUAGAAUCAGCAAUAAAUGCAGAUUUUCCCCGCUGGGGUAACUAUCCAGAGAAAAGAAAACUUCCAUUCAUCAAAUCAUUAAUAAAUAAUGGCAUUUGGUUCGAUGAGCAGAGCAGAUUUACAAAAUGUAAUAACAAUUCUAAAUUCUAUGCACCACCAUAUCUUUUGAGAUAUCGCGAAACCUAUAAAUACCUUUUGGAAAAUGUAUAG